GCCCGAUUAUAUGGACACGUCCCGGCGCCCAAUUUCUGCCAUCUGCAAAAACAUUCUCUCUUAAAAUUGAACUUACUAAGAAACAAUUCGUGUUUUAUUGAACGCGUAAUAAAGGAACACAGCAACCUUUUGCUGCCGUAUAUUUUUUCUUACUAGUUUCUGGCAAGUUUUUCCGGUUCCGCUAAUCCCGUCAAGCUAUUUCGUGUUUCUUUAGCGUUCCGUCAAAUCUUUUUAUAAAGUGAAGUGACUUUUGAGCGAAAUUUCUAGAGUUCUUCGUCUUAUAACAAUACACUUGCAACUCGGUUCCACCAGGUUUCGUCACUUGCUUGACCUAUUCAACAACAAAGAAUUGGCUAUUAAGUUCCAGAUAAAUUCUUGUUGCUAGUGACACUCGUAUUGCUGGCACAUCGACCUCUGUCGAGAACUUAACAUUUAAUCUUUCAUCUUCCAUCUUCGUGGAUUCCACCUGUCCUUUCGUCAUUUUAUCGAACCUCUUAGGCUGCGGUCUUCCAUCAUUUGUCCAGCCCUCCAUCACCGUUUACAUCAUCGACAACUCUUGAGCGUUGUUGGUAUUUACGAAUUUUUUGCCUACGAGCAAACAGUUUUUUCCUUUCACGUUUGUACUGAAAGUGCCUGCGUACCUGUGUACUCGAGUGUCUGAGUCACACACACCGUACUAUUUCUCUAGCCUCUGUUUGUACACACAACAUCGGCCAAAAAGUUCCAUUAGCAGCUUUUUUGAGCGUAAGGAAUUCAUCCUUAUAAGAGAUACAAAAAAAGAAACAGAAAAAAAUAGAAGGAAAACGACAAUCGAAUUUAUGGAUACGAUUGCUACGGUACCUUCAGAGGAGUUUUUGUCCCGAUUACAACAGUACUCGGAAAACGUAUUCGGACAAGAAAAACGACCCGGUGCUCCCUCUUUGUGGGCAGAGGUGAUUGACAUUAGACUACAGUCCAAGUACUCAGAAAAACAUGUCCGCCACGCAGUAAAUGUUUCUAUUCCAAGCACCUUGUUGCGUCGUCCAAAGUUUGGCAUCUCGAAUAUUCUCAGUUCCAUCCCAGACGGUCAACGAUUACAAUCUUGGAAAGACAGCGAUGCUUUGUUCAUCUAUGAUGCCGGUAUCUCCGGUGCCGCCAGACUGCGUGCAUUAGCUUUAAAAUUUGUGCGUGCCGGUUACACAAAACCCAUUUACAUUCUGAAUUCUGGUUUUGAGUCGCUGGACAGAUGUGCACCUGAAUUAAUGAUUUCGUCAGAAAGCGAGCGCAGCUUGUUUGAGUCUCAAUUUGGUACUAUGUUGUCGUUGUCCACUCCAACAAGCACCGUUCCCAGUGGUAAUGUCUCUGGUUGCACAUCUUCGUCCAGUCUCGCAUCAGUUAUUACAAAACCGUUCUCCAUUUCAUCUACGCAAACCGUCCUUUCCGACAAACAGGCAACUGAUGUGGAUUCCAUCUUCAGUGCCCCCAUUCUCCUUGACCACAAAUCCACAAACCUGGCUACUUCCGACUCAACCUCGUCGGAGCAGUCUGGUUAUUUCCCUGCAGCAUCCGAAACCCAUGUCACCCCUUCCCGACCUAGUCGGCCAUCAUUAAAAACGAGACUUUCCUAUCCCCAACAGUCUCCCCGUUCAGCUGCCGCCAAAUCAAAGCGCUUGGAAAAUGUGAAAGCCUUAAAAUGCCUCCAUCAGUACAAGUCUGCACCCGACGUGAAAGCCCUUUUCAACAACCCGAAAAUGUCGAGAAGAGCUCCAGCCGAGUCCCACGAGACCGGUGAAAGACCCGCGCAAAGAGAAAAGAGAAGCAUUGCUCCAGCAUCCUUUUCUCAUCGGCUGAGUUCGCGGAGACAGCCGCCACCCCUUCGAUUGAACCUAGACAAAAUGCAAUGUACUCAACAAAAAAAACUUCCCUCGCAUUUUAUUUGUGCCCUUCCCAAAGACGGCGUCAGCAAUCCUUGGGGCUCUGUGAAGCGCGCAACUCCUCCUCCCGAUGACAUGCUGAGUGACAUGAAUACAGCCUCCAUAUACUAUAAGUUCAAGCGGCUAGAGGAACAGGACCUGCUUCGCAUGGCGCAAAUGAACGACCAGCAAUCCGAAUGGAGCUGCAUUGAGUCUGGCAAGACUUCGGAGUUGGCUUGUCGGAAUCGUUAUGCGGAUAUUGUUCCCUACGAUAGAACUCGUGUAAAAAUCCCAUCUCGCGACCCGACUUCGGACUACAUCAACGCCUCUCACAUAACACUUGGUACCGAUCGCUAUAUAGCCUGUCAGGCCCCCAAAGAAUCCACGGUGCUCGAUUUUUGGGAAAUGAUUUGGUUCAGCAUAGACAAGGUUGGCACAGUCGUUAAACUAGCGAACGUUGUCGAAGGUGGUCGGGAACGCUGCACACAGUACUGGCCUACUGCUAUUGACCAGCCUUUGAUGAUAGACCCAAGAAGCGGUUUCAUCAUCGAGUUGUUUGAGCACACUGAACUUCCGGAUUUGAACGCCAUUAUGAAUGUUUUUUAUAUGAAGCGUAAUAAUUGUGCACCGAAAUGUGUGUACCAGAUCUGUUACGUCGCAUGGCCGGAUCACGGAGCACCAGAAGAUACGAAAUGUGUGGUUGAUUUUACUCGGCUUGUGAACCAGUUUGAGCGGGACGGUCCUCUUAUUGUACACUGUUCUGCAGGUGUGGGACGAACGGGCACAUUUAUAGCCAUUGACCACCUCAUGCACCUGUCUUCUCAGCAACUGCCUGAUAGUGCAGUCGUGCGUGAUGAGGAAGAUGUGGUCUUUCAAACCGUCAACCUACUCCGUUCCCAGCGUAUGAAGAUGGUCCAAAACUUUAAACAGUUCCGUUUUGUGUAUGAUAUUGCCCAGUAUCUUAGGGCCCAAAAUUGAGUUUAGCGAAUUCCAUGGAACAUGAAGACACUGUAUUGGAUUCUGUGAAGUAUUCCUUACUCGCAAACUCGCACCGUUGGCCCUCGUGCCGUUAAUGACUUUAUGGAUAAUGACCUAAUGAAACUAAUGAAUGACUUGGUGAGGA